AUGUCACAUUCACCAAGCCCUGACAACACUCAAGAUGAGCUUGAUCCUCCUAUAGGCUGUCAAUGUCUCUCAGAGGAUAAUGUAACAGUAACAGGCAGAAGGAGACUUAAGGACAUUACAUACACAGCUGAAGAGAUUUGCUUGCAUAACAUCUAUAAUGCUACAAUAGCUAAGCAGCCAACACUUGCAGAAAAAAUCAUGUCAGCUAAUAUUAAAGAAGUUUGGCAUAUUACAGUGUUAUAUGGACAGACUCUUACAUGCUUAGACAAUACUAAUACUUUGAAACAACUCAUAAUAAACUGGAUAAUGUUUUCACCUGGCAAGACAGUGCUAAACAUUGACCUAAAAUACAAAUGUGGGUUCAACAAUAGUACCAUUACUAAGCUCAUUGCUCCUGUUGAUGCAGAAGUUGUUGAUGACAACUAUAUCAAGCUUUUGUGCAAGGGUACUACAAGUCUAUUUGACAGUGAAGGCAAGUGGCUUGUUAAUGGCACAGAUCAUUGUUUUUUUAUGUAUGCUGGUUGCAAAUACAACCUGCAAAAUCCACUCAAGGGUUUCUUAAAGGGUGAAUUAAUGGUUAAGGCAUUUAGAGCAAUCUUUAUAUGCCCCUCAUCUGCUGGAACAAGUAGUAUCACACAAUCAAGGGCAACAAAGAAGGGUAAUGUAGCUCUCAGCAACAUGAUGAAAGUGACUCCUGGGUCAAUUGCCUACAUUACAACACAGACAUACUUUGUAAUAGUAUCCAAGAACAUCUUUUCAGCUUUGUCUGUGCCAGAAAUUGAAGAAAUGUAUGACAGUAUUUAUACUAUUUUCAAAUCCAAGGUCCCCUUUAUCAAGGAUUACACUAAGGAGCUUUUGAACUGGUGGACUGUUCUCAUAUUUCUGGAUACAAAUCAAGUACAGAGGCAUUGUGGUAAAGGCAGUCUUGGACGUCUCAAACAACAUUAUCAGCUUACAAUUAAUGUAUAG